AUGUACCAGCAAGGCCAGUAUUCGUCGCGAUCGCCGGUGAGUAGUCCUUGCAACUCUGAAUACGCGCGCAGGGCUGGCUAAGACAGAUAGAGCCAUUUUCAUCUGCUUAGCCGCCAUUGCAGCACCCCGUACCAACGCACCCGCCGGUACAGGUUCCGAUUCCAUCCGGAACACCAGGGCCUGGCAGCCAGAGCAGCGGGCGACCCUCUAUUGACGGGGGAGGGUUUGGAAGCACAAGCACAGCGGAAGCCCAUCUCUCGUCCGCGAGAGCCAGAGGCGGUCAGUCUGAAAGUGGCUAUGCCCGCUAUGCUUCUCCGCCCUUGCAAAAUCCUUAUGGACAGCCGCAGAACCAAUAUCAACAGUAUGCUGGGGGUAUGGGUACUGGGUCCAAAGGAGUGAGCGGCGGGAUGAUGCAUCAACAGCCGCAGCCGCAGCAGCAGCAGCAUCCGAACCAGGGCUUCCAACAAUUUGGAAGCUUUGCCAGUUUUGCGAAUGGAAUGGGAAAUGGGCAGGCUGGAAUGGGAGGCAACAUGUUGAAUGAUGCUACUGCUCAAAUGGGGGUGCAAUUUGGGCGUCAGAUGGCAGCUGCUGGACAGGAGUACGUUGGCAAGAACGUGAGUCGAUGCAGGCACGGAACGAGAAGUUGAGCGACUCACCCCUGACGCCCGAGGUGCACCUCAACAGUUCGGAUCCUUCCUUCCGGUGCCAUUAUUGAAACACUACUUCAACGUGUCGAACUCGUACGUACUGCACAAGUUGCGCCUCGUCCUCUUCCCUUGGAGGCACAAGCCUUGGUCCAGGCUUCACGCGGCUGCUGUAGGAGCAUCUGCGUAUGGAGAUCCGCAGUACGGUACGUCGACAUCAAAGGCAGAAGGGUACGCUCCGCCGAGGGAAGACGUGAACAGUCCGGACCUCUACAUCCCGGGUGAGUUACCACGUGCUACAAAGACUUGCGAGCCCCAACGCUAAUUUGCGCUAGGUCUGCUAUCUCGUCUCGCGUGAAAGUGAUGGCAUUCGUGACAUACGUCCUGCUUGUUUGCAUCAUCCGUGGUAUCGAAUCGCGCUUCCAUCCUGAAGUACUUGGCCUGACAUCAUCGAAAGCCCUGGGGAUCGUCUUCUUCGAAUUUGCUGCCGUCAAGCUCGGAUGCUACUUGCUCAACAUUCAAGGGGACCACACCGUCAUCGAUUUGGUUGCUUACGGUGGCUACAAGUUUGUCGGUGCUAUCGUCACUUUGCUAGCUGGUCUGACGCUGCCUGGACGACUCAUCUACUGGAGCGUCUUCGCAUAUACUUGCGCCGCCAACGCUUUCUUCCUUGUAAGUCGCUUCGGACUCAGCUGCACUGACGAGGAUACUACACGCUUACAUGCGAUAUACCUCUUGGCUCGCCUCGCAGCUGCGAUCGCUUAGAUAUGUGGUGCUGCCAGACCCCAGCAGCCCUAGCAGCGUCACCAUCACACCACAAACCAGAUCGAGGCGCAUCCAGUUCCUCUUUGCGAUUGCCGCUGUACAAACACUUUACUGCUUCUUGCUUAUCAUUGGCAUUUGGCACUGA